AUGCAAACCGACGAUUCAGCAUCCCUCGCCACGCUAGUCGACAGUUCCUCUGUUCUAUCAGAAGAGGAUGACCUCUUAGAUCAGCAAAUACCCAGCCCUACCGAGGACAGCGAUACCACGUCUUCUGCCACCUUGGUAUCCACCGGCGAUAACAAAUGCGACUCUCUUCUCCCCCAGGGGUCCGAACUGUCUGAGAGCAUUCACGAUGACCAACCUCAGCUUCUUUCCGAAGAUCGCCUUGCAAUCGCCGGCAUCGACCUGGGCAGUGCUGUCACUCGCGUGACUCUUGCUCACACGGCGCGUCGUGCCUAUUGCGACGUCGAUUGUCCUCCCGGUUUCGCCAAAGACCACGCUUCCUUUGAAUUCCCAGCAGUAGCUGAUGUCAACACCGAAAAAAUGGGGCACGAUGCACUGGUCGCUGGCAUUCCGAUCAAAACCUUGAUGUACGAGUUGGUGCGUCUAGAAGAUCCCUCACCUCGCAAUGACGUAAACGUCUACGUGGGCGUCAAUUUCCGUCUACUCAGGGAUCGCGGGGUACCCGAUGCCAGCAUGUCAGUUCUUCGGGACAAAGGCAGAAUUCGGCAGCUUGUCGUCGAAUACUUCAAGAAGAUCAGACAUUCCAUGAUGAUCUGUUGCACGAGAGAGAAACUCUUUUACGAAUCCGUCGCCAUUACCAUUUCUGCAAUCUGGAAUACGACGCAUUUCAAGCGGUUGUUCAUGGAAAUCCUGAUAGACGUUUUCCCGUUUAUCCCGAGACGUAACAUCUUUUUGGUACCCAAGGCCGAAGCAAUCGGGUGCGUAAUUACCAACGGAAUCACCAUGGACCAAGUACGAGACCCUCGUAAUGAAUUCCCGCUUCCCGAUGAAAUCAUGGUCAUUAAUUUCGGUAGGCAUGCCCUCCAUGGCACCAGGCUCACCCUGGUGUGGAAUGACACCGAGCAGCAUCGGGUCAAUUCCAAUGCUGACUUCUUCGCUUCCAAGAAGUCCUGGGGAAUGUUGGGUGGCAUAGAAGUCUACGCGCAAACCAUCGAAGAGGCCAUUCGUGACCCAGUCACCGGUAACCCAGCUAUCGUCAACCACCCGAAGAAGGAGGAGUAUGUCGCCGAGUUGAUGACAGAUUUCAGAAGAAAGUAUCCGUACCUUGGAAGGACCCCUUUCACCCUGAACAGCAGUGGAGGCAACUGGGAUUCCAAGAUGCUAGCUCCUCAUCUUUGGGAUACCGCCUUCAGACAACCGCUUGAAUUUGUUCACCAGCAGAUGAGGGAAAGAGAGAGAACGGGUCUUCCUACUAUCGUGUCCCUCACCGGCAGCAGUUAUCGAAACAACGCCGUGUUGGCAGCGACCUUGGCUGUGGUCAGGAGCCACGCAAAGUACGGGUGGACGCACUUUACACCCUUUGACGAUGGAAGACUUCUGGCCGUCCGGGGCGCGGCUUGGGCUGUGCGCGAGCGCAAAGAUGUUCGCACCUUUUGUGACACCAGCAGACUGGAAUUAUCGUAUUUCUGGAUCAAGGAACCCCAUAAGCGCUGGUCGCAGUGGUGGUCCAAGCAGGUAACAACACUCACAUUCUACAGAGACUCAUUCCUCUGCUUAGCUUGCGAGCCGUAUGCUUCCCCCCCGAGAAAGACCGUAUACGAACUCGCCCAGCUCGGCCAUCGUCACAAGGGCAAAUACGUAUUCCGACGUGUAGUUCGUUUUGAUGAGGAAAAACAACAGCACACCCUCGUGCUCGAGGAAUCUGAGUUGGACAGGAAAACAGGGGAAAUGGUGUCCCGCGUGGAGUGGGUUAUUCCCAUGUACUAUGACGUGGGCCGGCGAACACCCUUACUCGAUGACUUCGACUUCGAUUUGGGACAACUUGACCACCAAGCCAAGUAA